AUGAAGAGAUACAUGGUAAAAACUUGGAACAGGCUUCAAUUAAAUUUCCUAAUCUUCAAAGAAAUGAAGAAGAGAUUCAAUGUGGACGAAUCUGAACUUGAAAGAUUUGAAGAUUCAGUCGAAAAGAGAUUAUUCCAAAUUGAAGAGAAAAUGAACUCAAAGGAUAUUAACAAUUCUGCGUCAAAAUCCCCAUCUCCACAGGAUAUUUUAGCUAGAGUUGGAAAGCACUUUCCGUUUCUGGUAAUCUUUGGGAAUCAUGGAUUGGUUGCAAAUUGCAACAAGAAUUAUAGCGACGUUUCACUCCCAAGCACUAACGACAUCACUCUGAAAGAGGAUCAUCUUGACGAUCAAGGCCGCAUCCUAAUGAACAUACAGGGUUCAUUAGUGGGCAAACACAUACGUUUCCAAGACUGGGGAGAGGUCCUAUACUCCUAUUACCUAAUAAAUGAAUUAAAUAAAAACCAUAUCAGCAUUUAUUCUACGUGCAAUUAUUAG